ACAAACAGGAUGAACUAACAAAAUGGCAGAGAGCUUCCAGGAGUUUUGUGGAGAUUCUGUUAUUUUUAAUGAGAGUUUACUUAUAAACAACUGGUGGCCAGAAUUCACGCCAUGUUUCCAGAACACUCUCCUUGUCUGGGUACCAUGUGGGUGGCUGUGGCUGACCUUGCCCUUCUAUCUCGGCUACAUGUGCAAGGUCAAGGACUCCACACCUAUCCGUGUCAACACGCUCAACACGCUAAAGACGUUUUUCAGCAUAUUUCUCAGUUUCAUCUCCAUCGUCGAUGUCUUGAAGGCUGUGAGUGAUGGAGAGAAGGAGGAUGUCGUCACUGCUGUUUACGUCUCCAAAGGCUUGCAAGCCGGUACAUUUUUGCUGGCGGCCAUUUUGGUUCAGCUGGAACGCAAGCUUGGGUUCAUCACGUCCGGAGUUCAGUUCAUGUUUUGGUUGAUGACUUCACUUGCAGGAGUGGUGCCAUUCUACAGUAGGAUAAUACAACAGGAGUACAACGAUAAUCUAUUCCGGUUCGCGCUGUUCUACGUGUACUAUGGGUUUGUGCUGAUUACUCUGCUACUCCACUGUUUCGCCGACAACCCAACACGACAAGGCUACUACCACAUGGGCAGCGUUCUGUCUCCUGAGACCAGGGCUUCCUUCCCCAGUAGAGUGACCUUCAACUGGAUCAACUCAUUGUUGUUCAAAGGGUAUCGUAAAUCCUUGGAGGAGGAGGAUCUGUUUGAGCUACACCCGAGGGACAAAAGUGAGAGGGUUCUACCCGAGUUCUGGAAGGCGUGGAUGACAGAAGUGAGGAAAGCACAGAGGAAAAACCAGAAAAAAGGCAGGUAUGCUGCAUCCACCCUCCACCACAACCUGAUGCAGGGCGGGGGGGCACAUGCCUCGGAGAAAACCCCCUUGCUGCAAGCAGCUCACAGCAGCAACAGUGACGUGUCCUUCAAGGUCAAGGACAAGGACAAACCUCAACUGGCGCAGCCGUCCUUGUUCAAAGUAUUGGUGAAGACGUAUGGGUUCACACUUCUCAUUUCCCAUGUGUGGAAGGCUGUCUAUGACUUGCUGUCCUUUGUCAACCCAUUGCUCACAAAUGCCUUGAUUGCCUUCAUUGACAACCGAGCCAACGAGCAGGAGUGGAAGGGCUACGUGUACGCCUGCUCCUUCUUCCUGGUGGCUGUCACUCAGUCGUGUUUCUACCACCAGCACUUCCACAUCAGCAUGACGCUGGGGAUGAGGAUCAAGUCCGCCGUCAUAUCAGCCGUCUACAAGAAGGCUCUGACUAUCAGCAGCGAUGCCCGGAAGGAAUCCACAGUGGGGGAGAUCGUCAACCUGAUGUCCGUGGACUGCCAGCGUCUCCAGGAUGUCACAGGGUACUUGUAUGUGGUCUGGUCCUCACCGCUGCUGAUCGCUAUUGCACUAUACAUGUUGUGGGGCCUUCUGGGACCAUCCGUGAUGGCAGGACUUGGAGUGAUGAUACUUCUGUUCCCGAUCAACGGCAUCAUGGCCGGGAAGCUGCGGAAGUACCAGCUCCAGCAGAUGAAGUUGAAGGAUGCCAGGAUCAAACUGAUGAGUGAAGUCCUCAAUGGUAUCAAGGUUCUGAAGCUGUACGCCUGGGAGCUGUCCUUCCAGGAGAAGGUGCUCGUCAUCCGACGCCAGGAGCUGGCCUUGCUGAAGAAAGUUGCCUACUUCAACGCUGUCAUGUCUUUCUUCUGGACGUGUGCCCCUUAUCUUGUGACACUGGCGACAUUUGCUGCCUACAUCUUGUCCUCCACUGACAACGUGCUGGACGCACAGAAAGCCUUUGUGUCGCUGUCUCUGUUCAACAUUCUCCGUAUGCCUAUCAACGCCCUGCCAAUGAUCAUCCCGUACUAUAUUCAGGGCUGGGUGUCCGUCACUCGUGUGUCCAAGUUUCUGCGAGCCAAGGACCUGGAUGACUCCAACGUCCAGGGGGAUCCACACAGUGACGCGGCUAUAAAGAUUGAGCGUGGGAAUUUCACUUGGGACAAGGAGCUGCCCAAACCUACACUGAGGAAAAUUGACCUGAAGAUCCCUGAGGGUAAGCUGGUGGCGGUGGUGGGCCAGGUGGGGGCGGGGAAGUCCUCCCUCAUCUCCGCCAUGCUGGGGGAGAUGGAGAAACUCACCGGCAGCGUCACGGUCAAGAGCUCCCUUGCAUACGUGCCCCAGGAGGCGUGGAUCCAGAAUGCCACUCUGAGAGACAACAUCACAUUUGGGCAGGAUCACAGUGAGAAGAAGUACAAGCAGAUUAUUGAAGCCUGUGCCUUGACCUCUGACCUGGAGAUAUUACCUGGAAAAGAUAUGACAGAAAUAGGAGAGAAAGGCAUCAACCUCAGUGGGGGACAGAAGCAGCGUGUGUCUCUGGCUCGGGCCGUCUACAGUGAUGCUGACAUCUACCUCUUCGACGACCCACUCAGCGCCGUGGACUCACACGUCGGGAAGCACAUCUUCCAGGAGGUGGUCGGCCAGAAAGGCAUUCUCAGACACAAGACUCGCCUGUUGGUGACCCAUGGCGUCCACUGGCUGCCGAUGACAGACGUGAUCGUGGUGCUGGUGGACGGUGAGAUCACGGAGAUGGGGACAUACGACGAGCUCCUGAGUCACGACGGAGCCUUCGCCCAGUUCCUGAAGACCUACCUCACACAGGAGGCCGACACCGAAGAGGAAGACGACCCAGAGAUUCAAGAGAUGAAGUCUAAGAUCCUUCAGAGAGUCGAGUCUGUUACGUCAGAUGGAGUCACCUCAGGGGAUGAAGUUACAAGAAAGAGCAAGUUGAAGCGGGAGACGUCAGUAGUGGCUGAUGCAAGCAAGAAGUUGGCGGCACCGGACAAGGCUGCAGAUGCUGGUACAGGAGAGAAGCUUAUCCAGGAGGAGAAGGCUGAGACUGGCAGGGUGAAGUUCUCUGUCUUCCUGGACUACGCCAAAGCCAUCGGCGGCAUCACCACAUUCUUCAUCUUCCUCAUCUUUGCCAUGUACCAGGCGGCCACCAUGGCCUCCAACAUCUGGAUCAGUAUGUGGACAGAUGACACCCUCCUGAAGAACAUGAGUCUGGUCAACACUUCGGAAUAUCAGAAUAAGAACACCAUGUAUCUUGGUGUCUACGGGGCUUUUGGAUGUGUGCAGGCUGUGGUCAUCCUGAUCUACUCUAUCCUGGCGUCGGUGAGGAUGGUGCAGGCUGCUGGUAACAUCCACGCCAAGAUGCUGUACAACAUCCUGCGAUCUCCGAUGUCCUUCUUCGACACCACCCCGAUCGGCCGAAUCGUGAACCGCUUCUCACGGGACGUGGAAACUGUGGACAACAACUUGCCAGGCGUACUACGAAUGUGGAUCAACUGUGUGUUCAGUGUCAUGGGCACCCUCAUCGUCAUCAGCUACAGCACCCCCAUCUUCCUGUCUGUCAUCGUCCCACUUGCAAUACUCUACUACCUAGUUCAGAGGUUCUACAUUGCUACAUCACGUCAACUGAAGCGACUGGAGUCGACCACAAGGUCUCCUAUCUACUCUCAUUUUGGAGAGACAAUCACUGGCACCUCGUCCAUCCGGGCGUACAAGGCCAGCGACAGAUUCAUCGCGGAAUCCACACAAAGAGUGGACAAGAACUUGACCUUCUACUUCGCAGGCCUUGCCUCCAACAGGUGGCUUGGAUUCCGACUAGAGUUUCUUGGCAACACAAUAGUUCUGUUUGCGGCUCUGUUCUCUGUCAUUACAACAGAUCUACCCAGUGGAAUUGUGGGUCUGUCAGUCUCGUACGCUUUACAGAUCACCCAGGCCCUCAACUGGAUGGUGCGGAUGACCUCUGACCUGGAGACCAAUAUCGUGUCCGUGGAGAGGAUGAAGGAGUAUUCGGAGACGCCGACAGAGGCUGAAUGGAUUGACCCUUAUCGCCAGCCCCCAAGGUCAUGGCCAGAUGAGGGCAAGGUGAAGUUCGAGAACUAUAUGACCCGAUACAGAUCUGAACUUGACCUUGUGUUGAAGGGCAUUUCCUGUAACAUCAGCGGAGGCGAGAAGAUCGGCAUCGUGGGCAGAACCGGUGCUGGGAAGUCGUCUCUCACUGUGGCGCUGUUCCGAUUGAUUGAAGCUGCUGGUGGUCGGAUUGUUGUCGACGGCAGAGCUAUUGAUGACAUGGGUCUGCAUGAUCUGAGGUCAAAGCUCACUAUACUGCCCCAGGACCCAGUCAUCUUCUCUGGUACCCUGAGAAUGAACCUUGACCCCUUUGACUCCCACAUCGAUGAGGAUCUGUGGCAGGCGUUGGAGCACGCUCACCUGAAGAAGUUUGUGACGGAGCUCCCUAGUCAGCUGGAGUACGAGUGUGGAGAAGGCGGACAAAACUUAAGCGUUGGGCAGAGGCAGCUGGUGUGUCUAGCUCGGACGCUGCUCAGGAAAACCAAGAUCCUGGUCCUGGACGAAGCUACAGCAGCGGUUGACAUGGAAACCGAUGAUCUGAUCCAGAAUACCAUCAAGACGGAGUUCAGGGACUCGACUGUGAUCACCAUAGCUCACAGACUCAACACCAUUAUGGACUACGACAGGAUCCUGGUGCUGGACCAAGGUCUCAUCAAGGAGUUCGACUCCCCGGCAUCCCUCCUGGCAGAUAAACACAGCAUCUUCUACGGAAUGGCCAAGGACGCAAACCUGGUCUAGAUGUCACUGUCUGCAGGACAUCGGGUGUCGAUGUCGUCCAUCUUAGAACAAUGUUGAUUCGUCUAUGGACAUCAUUUGUCAUCUUCAUGUACUGAAUUAUUUGGACAUUAAUGGACAACUUUGAUGUAUGGACAUCUUUCAGCAGUAUGAGGACAGUUUUGUCCAUGUAUGAACAUAAUGUAUAUAUUUUGUGUUCAAAUUUUAGAAGUUUUAUGUGUUUGAUAUAUAUAUGUAUUUAUAAUAGAUAAUUGGCAUGUGUGAUAGAUCUGUAGUGUGCGCCACUCUUCCUACUGAAACAGCAGGUCAAGGCUGGGUCACAGACCGAGGGUCUGCAGUAUACCGACACAGUGUAAAUGUUUCUUAUUGCAAGAGUGUCUCAGAGACCAAACCCAGAACGUGGAAUAUAUGUAUACAGUAGUUCAACACGGAGACCUGCUUUUUACCUCCUUUACUUGAAAUUACACACUCCCAAUAACAGCCAUGAGGUUGUGUUGUCAAAUCUACAGCGUUUUUGUAAAACUAUUUUGUUUUAACUUUAUAUUAGGCCAGGAGUUUUACUGCUUGUUAACGUUUUAUGAAUGUUUUUAAAGAUCACUUCAGGAUAAUGUCCACUGUCUCAUCCUUUCACAUGACUCAGGGAUCCCGUUGUUUUACUGUUAUCAGGCUCCUGUCCGAGACACUUAAUAGUACUGUCCUUUUCCCCUGUGAAUACACUGGGCAGCGUUUCACAUUUUUCACUAUUGUAAGCUGAUCUGACUGAAGGUCCGAGUCAGGAAGCAUCGACUGUUUGUCCGCAACUAGCUCACAGAAUUCUGAUUCAAUUGCAUCAUAACAUUUGAUAUACAGGAAGUAUUUAGGGCAUAUGUUUGUCUCGUACACUGAAUGGCGAAAACUGUGUUAUCAGUGGUUUGAGUUGCGAAGGGAGCUAACUCUAGAUACAGAAUGAUCUGACUCUGACUUUAACAUCACUACAUUAUUUCUACAUAGCCACUUGGCCUUGUGGCUCUAGAUUAAGCCAACAAAUCCAGCAGCCCGCUUGAACCGGUUAUCCUAUAUUACUUGGUUCAAAUGGCAAUAUACCUCAUAUCGUACCACUGCACCCAAGUCUGUCUCGGUCUCUGAACCGCAUUAUUUUCCCCACUGCCUAACUGUCCCCUGCAAUGCCUACCUUAUAUUACCGUAGAUAAGCCGACCCCCUAACUUGAAGCAAUGAAGCAAGUCUAGAUUUACCCAGGUUCAGGGUCUGUUAUCAUCUGAAAAAAAAUGUAUGUCCCUUAUCAGCGGGUCUCCUUUUCGAUUUAAAUGGGAUUAUUGGUUGCUAUCAAAAUUAUAUCCAGUGACUAAGCUUUAGUCUACAUUGCACACAUGAUUUUAGUGUAAGGCAUUGGUUUGUGUUUCAGUUCUUGAACUGAGUAUGGAAUAUUUGACUUCCAUCUGGUAGAAGUAGCACAAAUCAGUGUUUGCCCUAGGCAUAAAAAUUUAGGAGUCAUCAUGACUCCCUGGUGUCAUGUUUUUGGAAGUCAACUUCAGUUUGGAACUUUCAUGAAGACAUCAACUGUGAUUGUUUAAUAACGACAAGAAACAAGGUAAGGCAGGUCAGGUAUUUAAUCAGCACUGAGCUGUCCAAAAACCUGUCAUCACACAGAAACCGAAGUUUUGAUUAUCUGAACUAAGAGCCCAGUAGCAUUGCGUCAUAUAUGCAGGUUUUCUGCAUCAUGGCAAACACUGACAAAUGACAAUAUUUCUCAUACCACUUGUGUUAUAAGUUUGUGGCAAUGUAGCAUUAUAGCUUCACCAAGGAGUUGUGUAUAUUUCAUCUUCAAGUCCCACAUUCAGCUCCCACAUGGGAGAAUUCUGUAGAAGCCCAUUCCUGAUGUGUGAGAUCAUACUCAGUCACUACACCACAUCACUGCCUAAUUAUGUGAUGAAGCAACAUUCAAAUCCAUGAAGUAUUGAUGACUGUUUAAGGUUUUACACUUGAUUGUGCUUGUCCUCUUGCUGUCUGCCAUUAUCUGUGUAUACUGCACCAGGGCUGGAUCUCAGUAUCGUUUUUGAUUUUUUGGCAAGUGUCUUUAUACAUUUUUCAAUGAUUAUAUAUGUCCCAGAUUGUCUCAAAGGGAGGUAAUUCAGCUCUCACAAUGCAUACCACUAUAUUGUGUAGAUCUGUGAGACAUUUCACGUAUGAAAUCUAUAGAUGUAUCAAAGGGAGAUAAUUUAACUUUCACAAACUAUGCAUACCACUAUGGUGUGUCAGUGGGGUGAAAUACAUUACCGAAUCCUGACUCACGAUGUCUUGAUCCAAAUCAAUACAAGUACAAUCCAUGUAAAGGUGGCAUUACAACAUCCUGCAUAUACAAUACAUAUUUUGCUUGAUUGUUACAGUAGCCACAAGAAGUGGACUCCAAGGUAGUGAAUGUUGGAUGUCCAAGCAGUAAUUUUCUAUGAUGAUGAAAUGUUUGCAUCCUAACAUAAGUGUCAACGUUUCACAUACCAGUUUGGGUAUCCUUCUGUGGCCUUCUUUCUCUCAUCAUUUUUGCCAAUUCCAGAUUUGCCAAUUCCAUUUGGCCAAAUAGAACACUUGUUGAACCAGAGGAAGUUAUUUAAAUGUACUUUCACAUCCUAUAACAUUUCAAGCUGCUCCAAAUAUUAUGACUUUUAUAAUUGCUUGUUUCAAUAAUGUGUACAUUUUAGUUGUAUUAACCAAGUAAUGUACCGGUAGAUAAUGUUUGAUACAGAUAGGUAUUGUUUCUCAUUGGGAAGAUUGACCACUGUGUAUUUAAUGGGGUACAGCCAACACUCUUUUUCCAAAAGAUAUAUUUUACAACCGCACUCACUCACUCACUUUCGGAGUCAAGACUGAUGGCAUUAUUGAGGAUAAUGUUCAACCCAAACAAGACAAUCACAGAAUUACUGUAUGUGAAAACCUCCCAAACCGCUGACACAGCAUUAUCCGUCGCUAGUGGCUAGAUCUAGUCCUGUGUCUGGGUAACAGUUACAACAGUGUGGAGUAACGACGGCUCAUAUUGUUAUCUCAUGACUGUGAUGUUGUCAUGAGUUUUACAUAUAUGACAACAUUUAUAAUGUGAUAAUGAAUACAACAAUGUAUUUGAUACAUGAUUUAACCUCUACCUGAUAGAUAAAUUGUGGUCUCUUUUUAAUGUCUAAGUGUCAUAUGUUGCCGCUGGAGAUCAUAUAUAUUGUAUUACAGCUUGUUAUCAUAUUUUGUGUGUAGCAAUUUGUUACCGUAUUUUGUGUGUAAGAGGUUGUUUUCAUAUUUGGUGUAUAACUCCUUGUUAUCAUAUUUAGUGUGUAAGAGCUUGUUAUCAUAUUUGGUGUAUAACAGCUUGUUAUCAUAUUUAGUGAGUAAGAGCUUGUUAUCAUAUUUGGUGUAUAACAGCUUGUUAUCAUAUUUAGUGUGUAAGAGCUUGUUAUCAUAUUUGGUGUAUAACAGCUUGUUAUCAUAUUUAGUGUGUAAGAGCUUGUUAUCAUAUUUGGUGUAUAACAGCUUGUUAUCAUAUUUUGUGUGUAGCAGCUUGUUAUCCUAUGGUGUGUGUAACAGUUUGUUGCUUGAGUGCAGAAUGUUAUCUCAGUUUGGGUUCUAUCAGGGAGGACACAAUUUGGUUCCUGCUGAUUGGCUAGUUUGUGAAAUUAUUUUCAUUGUUGGUGAAGAAGCCAAAAACACAUCAUAUGACCGAAUUGUUGCAGAUGAUUGAAUAAGACAUCGUACAUUCUUCAUUAUGUCCCAGACAGUUUUAUAUGACAUCACACCAACCAAUGACUCUUGUAUCUUUUUGUGAUAAAGAAACAAAUUGUUCUGAAAAUCCUUCACUCAAUGGAUAUAUUAAUUGCACGAGCUAAUUGCAGCUCUAGACUGCUGGGUCUCCCCAUCACUAUCAUAAAGAGUGGCCAUACAGUUGCAGAUUACCUGUCCCAGAUGAAGGCUUGAAAGUUUAGAUUUCACAUAGAAUAGAUAGUCCUUUUGCCUCCUCCCUUGUUCAGCGUACAUCUCGUCCAGUCUAAUGAGGUACAAUUCAUCAUUCAAUAUUACAUCCCUUUGGCACACCAUUAAUCUGUGAUCAUGGGUUCAAAUAUCAGUUCACCCGACACGUCAUUUUAGAUUCCCACAUCAAGCUGCUGACAGGCCAUGAUAUAACUGACAUACUGCUCACUCACUCACUCACUCACUCACUCACUCACUCACUUGCUGAUGGCACUUUGCCUGUGAAAUUCCAUGUUGAUCUAAGAUUCAGUAGCAGUGAUGGAACUUUUAGAAGUAACAGUUUUAAACUGUUUUUGGAGUAUUUUUUAAAGUAUAUGUGUUCUUGGAUUUUAAAUAUUGUAAAUUUAUACUUUUGUACAGGUAUUACUGACUGAAUAGUGAGUCAGAGAAAUCAGAGAGAUUAAACAAGUGCAGUCAUGGAUGAACGAUCUGAAGCCCCAUAACUGAUGUAUGAUUUGUGUUUUAAACAGUUUGUGGUUCACUCACCGUGCUUAAGAUCAUGUAGCUGUUAAUACUUUAAACAUUGAUUGAUAUUGGAUGAAGUAUUGUGUCAGAGAUGUUACUUCUUUGUUCUAACUGAUGUAUGAUCUGUGUUGUAAACAGUUCGUGGUUCACUCAUCGUGCUUAAGAUCAUGUAGCUGUUAAUACUUUAAACAUUGAUUGAUAUCGGAUGAAGUAUUGUGUCAGAGAUGUUACUUCUUUGUUCUAACUGAUGUAUGAUUUGUGUUGUAAACAGUUCGUGGUUCACUCAUCGUGCUUAAGAUCAUGUAGCUGUUAAUACUUUAAACAUUGAUUGAUAUCGGAUGAAGUAUUGUGUCAGAGAUGUUACUUCUUUGUUCUUUCUUUGCUGUUU